AUGGCUUCUUUCAAUUACUUCUUCUUGACCUUGUUCCUGGCUUUGUCAUUUGCAAGCAUUGAUGUUGGCCUGGCAGCCCGUCAUCUCCUGCAAUUGCCUCAAUUGCCUCCAUUACCAACUUUACCUUUUAUUCCACUGCCACCGUUGCCAUCAAUUCCAAAUCUGCCACAGCCAACAAUACCAACAUUGCCAACUACUCAACCAUCUUUGCCAAGGCCUGGCGCGCUACCUCCACUUCCUAGCAUGCCUACUUUGCCUACCUUGCCUGCUUUGCCCACUUUGCCGACUGCACCAAGGACCACUCUGCCCCCGCUACCAAGCAUGCCCUCAAUCCCCACAAUCCCAACUGCAAUUCCUUCUAUCCCAUUCCUCUCCCCACCACCUGCUCCUAGUCCAUGA